AUGCAGUCUCAACGCUCGCGGUAUUCAAUACCAACGGCUUUGCACUCGUCGUUGUGUGAUACGUGUAAGGAGGACGACUACAUGAUGCGUCCUCAGAUUGUCCAGUGCAUGGGUCAAUGCGGGAGAUACUAUCACACGACGUGCGUGGGGCUGCGAAAGAUUCCGUUUGGUUUGACGACUAUGAGUGAUUGUGCCAACCAUGCGGCAUACUUAAAGAAGUUUCUCAGUGCGUGGGAAUGUGGUGCAUGUGAUCCGGAGUCCCCGCUUUCGAAAGAAGACCUACCCUCUUCGUGGGUUGGCGGGAAAUCCAGCACCUUAUCUACUAAUCCCGAAGAUGUUGCAGACACAGAUGAUAGGAGUGAGACUCGCGAUAGUCUGUCCGCCGCUAUAGAUAGAAAACCUGAAACGACUGUCGGAACAAAUUCCCAAGAAGUGCUCAAUCAGCUGAGAAAAUUUCUGACGACAAAUGGAUUGUCAAUUGGGGACUUCAUGAACGGAGCAACUAGUCCAGGCAUCAAGGCUUCCUCGUCAUCGAAUGCCCUUGCAUCGGCAACUUCCACUUUUACUACGCGAUAUGGACCAUCCCAAUUAGAUAUGAAGGCUGUAGUGUUAAAUACUGCAAGAAAGUCAAGUGAUUCGAGCGAAAGGUCUGCUGCAAAAAAUGUGGACAGCAAGUACACAAUGAUGCUAAAGCGUGGUGUUCCCUUUGAGGCUGUUCAGAAAUGCAUGCAGAAGGACGGAGGCGAUCCGUCGACACUGGAAGCCCUGCGUUUAAGCGAGGGCACUAUAGGCGACGUUAGCAACAAAGCAUUUGACAGCCAAAAAAGGAAGCUGAAAGACAUGGAAAUGUUUGCUAGCUACUUUCGAAUGCUGCGGAUGAGAUGCCCAAAAGAAGCUGUGAAACAAAAGCUAACCGUGGAUGGAUUUGAUCCAGCUAUCCUGGACUUUGGCCCCGAUGCCAUCUAUGACGAGGUUAAGCAUCACAUUUCGAUCAAGCAGAGCGUUUCAAGGCUUCAAGAUGAUAUCAAAUGCAUGAAGCCGCUCACAGAUGGAAAUGUAAAGUGUCGUGCAUCUGAAGUUUUGCUGAAGGACCAUGAAGUGUACGCCAAAUAUUUUAAAAUGCAAACGAUGGGACUGUCUGAAGAUGCUGUUCGCCAAAAGAUGAAGGCGGACAAUGUUGAUGUACGCGCUUUAGACUUAGGUGGUGAGACACCUUUCUCCCAGCUGCCUAAAACUGUAGAGGAGGAAGACCCUAUCACAACUGCGGAUGAUGUGAAGCUACAGGAUGAUCCAAAGUACGCUAAAUACUAUAAGAUGCUGUCAAUGGGCUUACCGGAAGAUGCUGUUAGACAAAAAGUGAAGGCUGACGGUGUGAAUGAGAGACUUUUGAAUCUCGGCGGCGAUGCUAUAGUAUCACAGCUGGAAGAACCGCUGGGUGGAAACAGUGUAAAAUUACAAGAUGAUCCAACCUAUGCCAGAUUCUUCAGGAUGCUGAAGAUGGGACUUCGCGAAGAAGCUGUCCGCCGAAAAAUGAUAGCCGAGGGUAUUGAUGAGCGUGCUCUUGACCUCGGGGGUGAUGCACUUGUCUCGGCGCUAAUUGCUCCAAGAAAGGAUGUUAAACUUCAGGACGACCCAGUUUACGCAAAGUAUUUCAAGAUGCUGAAAAUGGGACUUCCUGAAGGUGCGGUCCGACAAAAAAUGGCAAUAGAGAACAUUGAUGUGCGUGCGCUGGAGCUUGGCCCCGACGCCACUGUUUCACUGUUGGAUUCUGGUGCUAAUACGAAGGACGCGAAGGAUGCAGCAGUAAAACCCCAACGUAUACGUAAGAAGCUGCACUGGCAAGCUAUUUCGGAGGAACGAUUAAGCAAUGUUCACCAGCACACGAUUUGGGAAGACGAGGACGAGGACGCUGAUUUCGAUGUGGACAUGGAUGAACUCGAAGCUCUUUUCUUCGCGAAUCAGAACACAGUUAGCGAAAAGAAGAAUUCCUUACGAGCUCCAAGUAAAGCUCUGAAGUGCAAGCAGACUGUAACGUUGAUUAACGGGAAACGCGCAAUGAAUGCUGCUAUCUCGUUGGCCCGAGUCAAGCUUACCUACAGCGAAAUCGCCGAAGCUGUGGCGAAAUUCGAUCCAAGUGGUCUUACAAUUGAGCAAGUUAUUGGAAUUAACGAAUUUCUGCCUACUUCAGAGGAAGCGGCGCUAGUUUGUGGAUAUACUGGAGAUAAGGAGAUGCUAGGCGAGGCCGAAAAAUUCAUUCUUGAGAUUGCUAAGGUGAAACGGUAUGGACCUCGGAUGGAGUGUUUGGUGUUCAAGCUUUCUUUCUCCUAUCGCAGUGCAGAGCUGGUCACUUCGUUGUCACAUUUACAAAAUGCCGGCGAAGAGGUGAAGGGCAGCCGCCUACUGAAAAUUUUGUUAUCGAUGGUGCUCAAGCUAGGCAAUACACUGAAUGGAAGCGGAGAGGAAGAUGGGAUUAAAGGGUUUACUGUCGACUCAUUGCUCCGGUUAGGGAAUACGAAAGCUGUAAAUCAGAAGACGACAGUGUUGCACUAUUUAGUCCGGCUUGUGAAAAAGAAUCACCCACACGUUCUUGAUUUCCAGGCUGAGUUGCAAAGUGUUCCUCUUGCAGCAAGGGAGUCUUUUGAAACGAUUGACAAGGAGUUCAAGAAGCUGAAGAAAGGGCUGGCGAGUCUUAACACUGAGCUUGGGCUUCUAGAAAAGCAAGCGGUAGAGACCUUAGGGCUGGAAGUCACCAUCAAGUCGAUGCAAAGUGCUGCUGCUGACAUUGAGGCAAAAAUGAAAACAGUGGGAGACAUGAUAAACCGAGCAAGAGAGGAGAUUUCAAGUGUCCUCGACUAUUUUGGGGAAGACCCGAAGCGGAACCCGACCGAGUUCUUUACGACGCUUGCCUCGUUUUGCACGGUGUUUCAACGAGCACGUAAUGAAGUCGACAAUGCCGACGAAGCUGCACAACGGGCAGAGCGUCUGAAGAAACACCGAUCGAACACAUUGAGACUACCGAAGUCGAACAGCGGGACAAGUUUGAACGAUUCUAGAGUACCCAGAUCGAACGGCAUUGCAACGAUAAUAACUAAAUGA